AUGGAUCAACCAAAUGACUCUGUGGUUUCUGACUUUGUGCUGCUGGGUCUCUCUGAUUCUUGGGAAACUAGAGUUUUCCUCAUGUUGACGUUCUCCCUGCUCUACUCAGGAAUUAUUCUGGGAAAUCUCUUCAUUGUGUUUUUAGUCAUUGCUGACUGUCACUUACACUCUCCUAUGUAUUUCCUGCUGGCCAACCUGUCCUUGAAUGAUGUGUGGGUUUCUUCCACCACAAUUCCCAAGAUGAUCUCAGAUCUUUUAAAAGAAUACAAAGUAAUUUCUUUCCAAAGCUGUAUGACACAGAUAUGCUUCAUCCACAUCAUGGGAGGAGUGGAGAUGGUACUGCUCAUAGCCAUGGCGUUUGACAGAUACACAGCCAUCUGUAAGCCUCUUCACUACUUAAACAUUAUGAGCCCUAAAAUAUGUGUUUCAUUUGUGGUCCUUGGCUGGGUGACUGGAGUGAUCCACGCCAUGUCUCAGUUUUCCUUUGUUGUAAACUUGCCCUUUUGUGGUCCCAACAAGAUAGACAGCUUCUACUGUGACUUCCCACGGGUUAUAAAACUUGCUUGCACAGAUAAUGCCAAGUUUGAGUUUGUGGUCGCUGCCAACAGUGGCUUCAUGAGCAUGGGCACCUUCUUCCUGCUGCUCCUGUCCUACGCCUUCAUCUUGGUCACCGUGAGGAAACGGUCUGCAGGGGACCUGUCCAAGGCCCUGGUGACUCUCUCAGCUCACAUCACCGUGGUCGUUCUCUUCUUCACCCCAUGCAUAUUUCUCUAUGCAUGGCCCUUUCCAACAUCAUCCAUCGACAAAUACCUAUUUAUUGCUGACUUUGCUAUCACCCCAGCCCUAAAUCCUGUCAUCUAUACAUUAAGAAACAAAGACAUAAGGGUAGCCAUUAAAAGACUGAGCACACAGCGCCAUUUUGGCAGAUUUUGCUGA